GACGUUGUGUUUGUGGACUUCUUGCCCGUGGCACCUGCUUUACUUAAAUUCAGAGCUGGAAUAAAACCACCAGAAGAGGAAACCAAAUCAGCCAACUGAUCCACACCACACACCCCCUCCAACCACCAAAAAAGGCCUGCCUCAGCUGCUACUGCGCCUAAGGCUCUAGCUAAGAAUAACCUUCAUUUCUGGGGGGAUAGGGUUACCUCCAAGCCUCCGUGUACUUUGCUAUGACCUAUACCCAUGUGAGGCACCAAUAACACAGGGUGGGGUAUUCUGUUCUCACCCCCUACUCUGCCCAACCUUGCCUUGUGCUUAGCUUUGAUUUUUCCUUACUGCACCACCUCUUCUUUGGCCCAACAUCCCCAGACCACCCGUCUACAAUGCUGCCUCACUGGCAGCUCCAAAUUCCUCAACACCUAUAAACUUACGUUGUAAUUUUUCUAAUUUUUCCAAUUUGUUUCGUAUUGGAAAAUUUCACUGGUGGAUUCCAUGGAUCUAAAAUCAAGACUUUAACAACUGAAGGAAAAUGGAAUGAGUCUCUGAAUACUUUUAACUUUAAUUUCCUGACAUGUGGACGUUGAUUGGAUUUUUAAAUUGAAGCUUUGAUUUUUUUUUUUUUUCCAUGAAUAUAUGAGGAGGUUUUGCCCGCAGUUGAGAGGAUUAAACCUGAAAUAGUCUCCAUAUAACCAUGGCUGAAGGAAGAAAACUGGCCUCCUCCUCCUCCUCCUCUUCUUCAGCCGAUGGGUCCAAUGGAGCAGCCCCGCCACAGAGCAGUUCCUUCAAGUCCAAAGGUCUGGGUCUCCUCAGGAAGCUGAAGCUGUCUGUGGAGCUGCUUGUCGCUCUGGUUGCUCUUCUCUCAUGGAUCAUCGUGGGGGUAGUGAUGUUUGACUUUGUCGAAUACAAGGCUGUUCCAGACAUUCAGCAAAUCAUAACCAACCCUGUAGGGGCAGUAAAUGACGCCGUCGAUGAAGUAUCUAGUCUGAUCAAUAAAUUUCAAGAAUGUGCACCUGAUUUGAGUGACCCCAGGUCAACAGCCGCUUAUGUAGCAGAAGAAAUAUCAGAAGCGAAAGAUGGAAUUAUACAAUAUUUUUCCGAUGAGGAGGGAACCUUCUAUCUCAGCUACAUUGAUCCAGUGGUCGUUGGCAGAAAAGUUUUUCAUUCAACCAAUGAUUUUAUGAAUGGGGCGGUGGGCACCUUUCGAGACAGUGUGUGUGCCAUUAUAGACACAAUACUGGAUUCUAUAGGGGAAAUUACGAAAGGAAAAAUUGACCUGAGCUACAUUGACCCUGUGGUCACAGGGAGGAAUGUCUUCAGUGCUACUAACGAAGUCAUAUGUGGGGUGGAGGACUACAUCCGCACUAAACUCUGUGCCGUUGCAGACGCUGUUUUGGAUGUAGUCAAAGGAACCAUUGACAUCAGCUUCAUGAAUCCUGUGGUUAUUGGCAGAAAUGUCUUUAAAGUCACAAAUGAAACUGUGGGUGGAGCUGUUGGCUACAUUCAAGAUGUUCUCUGUGCCAUCAUAGACACUGUACUGGAUACAGUUAAAGGAACCACUGACAUUAGCUUCAUUGACCCCGUGGUCAUUGGCAGAAAUGUCUUCAAUGUUACUAAUGACUUUGUGAGUGGAGUAACAGGAUACGUCCAGGGGGUGCUCUGUGCAGUCCUGGAUGUGAUACUGGACACACUCAAAGGCAUCCAAAAUGCUGUGGGAUUCAGUCCCCUGUCCUUUGUAAAGCAAACAGCAGACUUCACCACAGAACAGAUCAACGCAAUUGUCGGUUACGUCUCUACAACGCUGACGGGUGAUCAAGGUAUUUUGCCUGAAGUGUCUGUCGACCCCAUGAAAGUCAUCGAAGAUGCUUUGCUGGAGUUUUCAGACAAGAAAGAUUUGUUUCUUGCCUAUAUGUCAACCAUGCUAAUUGGAGACCAAGCUGAACCUGUUGCCAAACCAGUUGUGAACAUAGUCACUGAAGAAGAUAAAACUGUAGCUUCUCCAGCUGAUAUCACUUUGGUGAGAAAAAAAGGAGAAUUUUUGCCACCACCAGAAAAAGUUGCAGGGCUAACUCCUGCUGCCAAAAAGGAAGCACCAGAGUUCAGUGACCACUCGAAGAGUAAGGAAGAGGACAAGGAGGACAAUGUUCCUGCCGAGGCUGUGAAUGUAACUGAUGAUGAAACAGAGGAGGAAGAGGAGGAUGCAAAACAAAUUCACCGGCAAGAAAGAGAACAUGAACCACUACUGAAGGAUGAACUAGUCUCUCACGAUGGUGAUGAAGAAGAAGGGGCGGAGGAAACGCAGGUGGAGGACAAAGGUUUUGGUGAAAAGUUGGAAGUAGAGGAGGACGACAACUUCCAGUCAGAUAUGCUAGAGCUGGCCAAAUCUGAGGUUUCAGUACAAGAAAAAGAGGAGGCCAAAUUCCAAGAAGAAGAAGGAGAACAAGUAAAAUCUCAAGCUUUCGAAGAGGCGGAGAAGAAGGAGGAUGGGACAGAAACAGAAGUUUUGGAAGAAGAGGAGGAGGAACAGGAGAAGGAGGAUGAGACCAAAACAGAAGCUUUGGAAGGAGAAGAAGAGGACAAGCCCAAACCAGACAUUUUGGAUGAGGAGGAGGUGGAAGAUAAUGAUGCCAAAUCAGACAUUUUGGAAGAAAAAGAAGAAGAGGAGAAGGAGGAGAAAGAGGAGGCUAAAACUGAAUUUUUGGAAAAAGUGGAGAGGGCCAAAAAAGAUUUGGAAGAAGACGAUGAGGAGGGGGAAGAGGAGGAGGCCAAAACUGCAAUUUUAAAAGAAGAAGAAGUUGAAGAACAGGAGGCCAAAACUGAAGAUGUGGGAGAGGAAGAGGAGCAGGAGGAGGGGCUAGUCAAAGAGGAAAACCUUAAAAUUGCAAUUUUAGAAGAAGAAAAGGAAGAGAAGGAGGAAGAGGCCAAAACUGAAAUUUUGGAAGAAGAGGAGCAGGAAGAUGAGGAGGUGGAGGAACACAAAAUUGAAGUCUUGGAAGAACAAGAGGUUAUUGAAGAUGAAGAGGAAGAGGAUGAGACCAGACCUGAAGAUGUGGAAAAGGAGGAGGAAGGGACAAUAUUUUCCAAAGAAGUAAAAGAGGAUGUCCAAACUAUGGUCUCGGUCCUAGCAGAUCAAUCUGAAUCAGAGGAAUUAGUAAAAGAGGACCAGGAUGAGGAUACAAGUAUCAAAUCUAAACCGGAGUCUGUGGAUGAAGUUCUUUCUGUAGAUGACAGAGGAUCUGAAGACAAAACUAAAACGAUUGAAACUCAUGUCAAAGAUCAGGUAGAGACAUCUGUUCACGAGGAUCUGGAGCUGGAGGAAGAAACCGAGGCUCAGACUGAGCUAAAAGACAGGGAUGAUAACGAGCAGUCAACAGUCCAGCCUGGGUCUGAACUCCAAUCAGCUGAAAUGUUCGCUAAUGUCAAUGUUGUGCAUGAAUACACUACCAAAGAUGAAGAAAAACACCAAGCACUCUUGGAAGCUAAGCCAAAGAGGGAGGACCACGUAGCCUCAGAGACAACAAGAGAAUCCAGAGCUGCUCACAAAGAGGAUGCAGAAGAUGUGGAUGUCAAAGUUACAGGCACAGAGGAAAUGACACUUGAGAAGCAACCAGAGAUACCCAAAGAAGAGGUAAAGGAAAAGACAGAAGUCACAAAACCAUCUAAACAUGAGAAGGAAGCUAAGAAACCACCUAAAGAAGAGAAGGAAGCUAAGAAACCACCAAAGGAUACACUGUCAAAAACUAUAAACGAAAAGAAAGACGAGAAGAGACUCCGUAAAGAGAAAGAAAUAAAGAAACUACAGAAAGAAGAAAGGGAACUAAAGGAAACAACUAAAGAAGAAAAGAAGUUAAAGAAAACACUUAAAGAGAAGAAGGAAUCAAUAAGACCACCAAAGGAAGAAAGAGUGCCAAAGAUAACACCUGAAGAUAGAGAUGUAAAGAAACCGUCUAAAGAAAAAGAAGAAGCUAAGAUUGCAUACAAGGAAAGGGAGGUCAAGACUUUGUCUAAGGAAGAGAAAAAAGAACUCAAAAAAAGGGAAAGAAAACCUCUAAAAGAUGAGACAAAAAUCAAAAAACUACCUACAGAAAAGAGAGAUGAAAAAGAACUCCCAAAAGAACAAAGGGAGAUCAAGAUACACUUAAAAGAGGAGAAAGAAGUGAAAAGGUCUCCUACAGAGAAGACUUCUAAAGAGAAGAUUAAAAUCAAACCUAAAGAAGAAGACAAAAAACCAUCUAAAGAAAAGGAGGAAGUAAAGGAAGUUUCAAAAGAGAAAAAAGAGAUAAAGCUUGUAAAAGAGGUAGAGAUGAAGAUAACACCUAAAAAAGAAGAAGUGAAGAAACUUCUUAAAGAGAAAAAGGAUGAGAAAGAAGACUUUAUUGAGCCUCCAAGUGGAGAAAAAGAGGCAAAGAAGCCAUUCAAACUGGUUAAAAUCCAGAAGAAACCUAAAAAGGAGAAGGCCACCAAACCAUUUCAAGAAGACAAAGAGGAAAAGCCUCUAAAAGAAAUAAAAGGUAAGAAACCAUUUCAAGAGUUGAAGGAGAAGCAGGCUCCAAGAGAAAAGAGUGAAGUCAAGAAACCAUCAAAGGAAAAGAAAGAGGUAAAGCAUCUCAAAGAAAGGAAAUAUGUCAAGAAACCACCUACAGAGAAAGAAACAGAUGAUCUAAAAAAAGAAGAAAAACUAAAGGAAACUCUAAAAGAGAUAGUACCUGAAAAGGAGAAGGAAGUUAAACUAUCUCAAGAGGUAGAGGAAGAGCCUCCAAAAAUAACAGGAGUCAAGAAACCAUCUAAGGUAGACAGAGAGAAGAAACCUCAAAAAGUAACAGAGAUGAAAAAAGUAAAGAAGCAUCUUAAAGAAAAGAUAGAGGUAAAACCAUCUGAAACAGAGGUGGAGCUGGAUAAACUUCCAAAGGAAGGUGAUAAAGAGGUAAAAAAGCCUUCCAAAGACUUUGAGGUCAAAAUAACACCUAAAGAAAGGAAAGAGAAGAAACCAUCUAAGGAUGAAAAAGAGGUGAAGCUCACAAAGGAAAAGAAAGACAUCAAGAAACCAAUUACAGAAGAAAAGAAAGAGAUCAAGAUAGCCCCUGAAGAUGACAAAGAAACCAAGAAAACACCUAGAGCAAAAAGAGAGGUCAAUAUGCAUUCAAAAGAAGUUAAAGAAGUAGAGAAAACACCUAAGGAAAAGAAAGAAGUCAAGGAACCUUCUAAGAAGCCUUUGGAAGAAAAGACGCCAUCAGAAGACGUAAUACAGGAAGAACGUGAACCAGAGAAACCUCCCCAAGAAGAAGAACCAGCAAAACCUUCUAGAGAAGCAAAAAGAAGAACACAAAGGAAAACCAAAGAUGAGACAGAACAAAAGAAAGGUGCAAAGAGACAGGACGAGAAGCUUUUCAAAAAUAAAGUGGCAGAAAAGAAAUCAGAAAAAGAAGCAAUGAAAAUACUGAAGAAAGAUACAAAACCAGAUACAAAACAUCCUACAUUAAAGGAGGGGAUCCAAAAACCACCUAAAGAAGCAACAGAAAUCAGAGUACAAGAAAAAGAGAAGCCCAAAAAACCAACUCAAGAAAAGGAGGAUAUCAAGAAGCCAUUUAACGAGACAAAGGAAUUCAAGAAGAUUCCUAAAAUUAAAGUAAUUAAGAAGCUUCUAAAGGAUGUUAAGGAAAUCAGGAGGCCCUCAACAGAAAAAGAACUCAAGAAGCCUCACAAAAAAGAUGAGCAACCCAAGAAGCCUCUUAAAGGGACAUUGGAAAUUACAAAGGCCCCACAAGUGAAAAUGGAAACUAAGGAGCAUCCAAAAAAGGGGGAAGAAAUCAAGAAAACUCAAGAAAAGGAGAAGAAAGAAGUGAAGGCUCCCGUUCAGGAAGAGAAAGCUAUAAACACACCACCUGAAGAGAAAAAGGUAACCAAGGAGCGUUCUAAAGAAGCUGAAGAAAUCAAGAAACCACUUAAAGAAAAGACAAUCAAGAAAGAAACCAAGGAGCCUACCAAAGAGAAGAAAGAAAUUAAAGAGACGGUAAAAAUACCUCCUAAAGAAAAGAAGGCAACCAAGGAGCCACCUAAAGAAACCGAAAAAAUCCAGAAACAAAUGAAAGAAAAGGAGGAUAUCAAGAAGCCAUUUAACGAGACAAAGGAAUUCAAGAAGAUUCCUAAAAUUAAAGUAAUUAAGAAGCUUCUAAAGGAUGUUAAGGAAAUCAGGAGGCCCUCAACAGAAAAAGAACUCAAGAAGCCUCACAAAAAAGAUGAGCAACCCAAGAAGCCUCUUAAAGGGACAUUGGAAACUACAAAGGCCCCACAAGUGAAAAUGGAAACUAAGGAGCAUCCAAAAAAAGGGGAAGAAAUCAAGAAAACUCAAGAAAAGGAGAAGAAAGAAGUGAAGGCUCCCGUUCAGGAAGAGAAAGCUAUAAAAACACCCCCUGAAGAGAAAAGGGUAACCAAGGAGCAUUCUAAAGAAACUGAAAAAAUCCAGAAACAAAUUAAAGAAAAGGAGAAAAUCAAGAAGCCUUCUGAAAAGAAGAAAGAAAUUAAGAUGCCUCCUCUGGAAGAUAAAGAACUUAAAACACCUCCUAAAGAGAAGAAGGGAAUUAAGGAGCCUCGUAAAGAAGAGAAAGAAAGCAAGGAGCCUCUCAAAGAAGAAAAAGGUAUCAAAGCUUCUAAAGAAGAUGAAGAGAUCAAGAAACCAGUUAAAGAAAAGGAGAAAAUCAAGAAGCCUUCUAAAGAAAAUAAGGAAAUUAAGAUACCUCCUCAGAAAGAGAACGAAAUCAAAAUGCCUCCGAAAGAAAAUAAAGAAAUCAAGGAGCCUCCUAAAGAAAAGAAGGAAGGCAAGGAGACUCUCAAGAAAGAGAAAGGUAUCAAAACACCUCCUGAAGAGAAGAAGGUAACUGAGGUAGCUUCUAAAGAAGCUGAAGAGAUCAAGAAACCAGUUAAAGAAAAGGAGAAAAUAAAGAAACCUUCUGAAGAAAAGAAGGAAAUUAAGAUGCCUCCUCAGGAAGAGAAAGAAAUCAAAUUGCCCCCUAAAGAGAAGAAAGACAUCAAGGAGUCUCCAAAAGAAAAGAAAGAAGUCAAGAAGACUCUUCAGGAAGAAAAGAGUAUCAAAACACCUUCUGAAAAGAAAAAGGUAACCAAUGAGCCUCUUAAAGAAGCUGAAGAAAUCAAGAAAUCACUUGAAAAAAAGGAGAAAGUUGAGAAGCCUUCUGAAAAGAAGAAAGAAAUUAAGAUGCCUCCUCAGGAAGAGAAAGAAAUCAAAACACCUCCAAAAGAGAGGAUGGAAAUCAAGGAGCUUCCUAAAGAAAAGAAAGAAACAAAGGGGCCACGUAAAGAAACCGAAGAAAUCCAGAAACAAAUUAAAGAAAAGGAGAAAACCAAAAAGCCUUCUGAAAAGAAGGGAGAAAUUAAGAUGCCUCCUCAGGAAGAUAAAGAACUUAAAACACCUCCUAAAGAGAGGAAGGAUAUUAAGGAGCCUCAUAAAGAAGAAAGAAAAAGCAAGAGGCCUCUUAAGGAAGAGAAAGCUAUCAAAACACCUCCCAAAGAGAAGACGGUAACCAGGGAAGCUUCUAAAGAGGCUGAAGAGAUCAAGAAACCAGUUAAAGAAAAGGAGAAAAUCAAGAAGCCUUCUGAAGAGAAGAGGGAAGUUAAGAUACCUCCUCAAAAAGAGAAAGAAAUCAAAAUACCUCCUAAAGAAAAGAAAGAGGUCAAGGAGCCUCCUAAAGAAAUGAAGCAAGGCAAAGAGACUGUCAAGGAAGAGAAAGGUAUCAAAACACCUCCUGAAGAGAAGAAGGUAACCAAAGAACCUUCUAAAGAAGAUGAAGAGAUCAAGAAACCAGUUACAGAAAAGGAGAAAAUCAAGAAGCCUUCUAAAGAAAAGAAGGAAAUCAAGAUCCCCCCAACUGAAAAGAAAGAAAUCAAGGAGCCUCCUAAAGAAAAGAAAGAAGUCCAGAUUAUCAAAACACAUUCAGAAAAGAAGAAUGUAACAAAGGAGCCUCUUAAAGAAGCUGAAGAAAUCAAGAAAACACUUACAGAAAAAGAAAAGACAAAGAAGCCUCCCAAAGAAGACAAACAAACUGAAAAACUUCUAAAAGAAGAGAAAGAAAUACAACCUACUAAAGAGAAGAAAGAAACUGAAAAACUUCCCAAAGAACGGGAAAAAACCAAGAAGCUUCUUAAAGAAGAGAAAGAACCCAUAAAGAAGAAAGAAGCAAAAUCAGACUCAAAACUUAAGAAGGCUGUAAGAGUUAAGGUCGCGAAGAAAGCUUUUGCAUCUAUUCUGAAAAAGGAACAUCUGAAUGCAACAAAAGCAGAGGUUCUCGAGGUUAAAGAGAGGAAAGCAAAACCAGUAUCUACAAAGAAAGUUUCCACAGUGGUAGCUCCCAAGCCCAAGGAUGAACCCAAACAGAAAAUCAAACCAAAGCCGGUAAAAUCAGCCCCAAAGAAGGAGGCCAAAGCAGCACCUGUAAAGAAAGAGGUAGCCAAGGCAAAGGAAAAGACCAAAGAAGUUACCCUGAAAAAGGAACCAGAAGUCCCUGCCAGAAAUGUCUCCCUGGUGAAAGAAAGAAUCAAAAUUGUGCCUAUGAAAAAAGAAGUCAAGGCACCUAAAGAGAGAGUGAAGGCAGUCUCUGCUAAGACAGUUGAGGAGCCGAAGGAAAAGCCCAAAGCUGUUGCAACAAAGCGAGAACCUGCUCCUCUCAAGACAAGACCAGUAGUCAAAGGUCAGAAGCCUUUUAUUGAGACAGAAGCCCAGCAUAAAAAUGUAUCUCUCGCCAAGGAGAGGGUGAAGGUGGUGCCACUGAGGAAAGUGCCUGUAGCUCUGAAAGAGAAAUCCAAACCAGCGAUAACGAUAACGAAAAAAGCUGAUGUUCCUAAGGAGAAGAAGGCUGAACCAGUGACUCCCAGGAAAGUGACAACCAAGGCAAAACCAACACCUGCAGAAAAGAAGAAAGAAGCUGUUAAAGACAAAAGGACAAAAGCACCAAUGAAAGAAACCGAGGCCAAACCAGUCGUUGUCAAAAAAGAACCAGUAGCUGCAAAGAAGACGACAAAACCUGUUCCGGAAAAGAAAGCUCCUUCUAAAGCAGAUUCUGAGGAUAAAGUGGAAAAAGUCAAAUCUCCACCGAAGAAGAAAGCACUGAUUAAGAAAAAGGUCCAUAUAAAGAAAGAACAAGAAGCUCCAAAAGCCGAGGAAAAACCUGCUGCGGUGAAGAAAGCGGUGCUGAAAGAAAAGAUCACACCAGUGCGUGUGAAAAAAGAGCCUGAGGUUUCAAAACUAAAGGCCAAACCUUCACCGGCAAAGAAAGAAAAACCAGUUGAGAAGAAAGCAGCCAAAGAGGAGCGAGUCCUUAAAGAGAUACAGGCGCCGGCAAAGAAAGAAAAGCCUGUAGAGAAGAAAGCUCCCAAAGAAGAUAAAGCCAAAGCAGCAGAGCCUGUCUUAUCAGACAGCUUUCUCAUGGAAGACGAGAUGCCCUACUUCCAGUGCUUCUUCGUGGAUGAAGACGAGGCCCAGUUUCCCUUCUACGCCUUUUCACCACUUCAUAUUUAAAUCCUCCGACUGAUUCUACUCGGAGAUGGAAAUCCAUCAGAUUUCCCGACGACGACGACAACGACAAUGACGUCACAUCACUCUGCUCAAGCUGCCGAAAACGCAGCUGCUGCUUAGGAACCAAAAGGGUUAGGGCAGCAGGGGAUUAUGGGUGAUGGACUGAUCACUAACUUCCAGAUUUGGUUGAGCUCUCGUACCAAUACAUGCAGCCACUGUCAUUCCUUUUUGUUUGUGUUUUUUGUUUAAUAUAUUUUACAGAGGAGCAUUUUGUUAAGCAGUAGCAAAAAUCAUGAGUUCUGUUGACAGGGUACAACAACAGGGUCACGUUAACGAACCAAGACCGACAAGGGUUUAGUUUCUCUGAGCCUGUGUUUACUUGAAAUGUGGCUUGUACAGAAAUCUAUGUUGAAUCGUUAAACGCUCGUUCAUGACUCUAAUUUAACAACAUUCACUUAUUCAUAUAGUGUGGCUUCAUGGGUAAUCCUUGCCUUAUUUUAUACAACUUAAUCAACCAACCAAGUAGGUGAGACAUCUGUGUAUAAUUCAUUAUCUCAAGGAUUUUUGUGUCACAUUUUUCCUCCCUCCCGGGCACAAAAAAGUGAGACUCGGCACCAAUUUUUCUUUAUCUGAUUUUCACGUACUGUUUAUCAAAAGGAAUGACUACGCAGCGUGUGAGAGAGCUCCCAGUGAAUCUGCUGAAACUCUACCUAACAUGAUGAUAAUCUUGAAAAUUCAAUUCAGUGAAACCGCACCAUCUGAACUCAUAUCUGCACCAGCGUCGCUUGAACUUUCAGUUCAUUUACCAAGUGUCAGAUUACAUGUGUAAUCACCUGAAUAGACCAAAAACAAAUCACACUGAUACUGCGCAGCGGUCACCGGCUACCUGACUGACGUGAGUACAGUGUCGUAGAAACGUGACAUACUGUGGGAAACUUGAGAACAAGUUCAAGAGAGAGGGGGAAACAUCAAUGACAAUGUUUCUAGAUUAUAUUUUCUUUAAGUGUGCAAAUCUAAAAAAAAAUUGUACUUAAGCCACACAGCCCAGUUAGCAUGAACACAUUGACGCCAAACAGGUUCACAUGGGCUACAGCACAUGGACAGUGGGCUAGGAUUUGUAAAAACAAAAUGACUAUGACUGUGUGCUAUGUGUAAUAGAAAUAAUUAGAAAAAGUCGUGUGGGCCACAUUGGUUACCAGUUGCAAUAUAGGUGUGCAUGGGUAAUCUGAGACCCACAUGGGUCUCAUUUUUAGGCCACACAAGUUGGUUUUGAAGUCAAAACAAAGUGGUUUAUAUGAAAUCAUAUUUGGACGUAUGUGAUUAUUUUUCAUGUGACCA